UGAGUCAAGAGGAAGUGGAAAUGGUAAAAAAUAAAAAUCGUGAUAGUUUUUUUUUUUUUAAUAACAUUUAGUUAAUUAUUGCUCGCUCAUCUGUUCCGUCCGCUCAUGUGUAGGGUUCGGCACGUCGCACGUGAAAUAAUUGAAUUCUAUUAUAAUAUUGUAAUUGUUUUAAUAUUUUAUAAUAUCAACAUUUUCAUUCUUAUGGUUUUUGUUCGAUCACUGUGUUAAGUAUUACAUCGUUCUAUAUUUAUAUAUCAAAAUUUUUUAUAAUUAUUUAUUUUUACUACGUUGGUGUAAAAUUUAACAACACACUGAGCUUGAUGAACGUUCAUCAGCGAUAUGUUCACUACAAAGGAUCAUCAUCAUAUACUGAUUAUUGUCAAAGUGCUAGUUCUCAUAUUCUUAACAUUGAUCCAUAUUCAAUGUGUUUGCUGUGGAAUGACUGACCAAAUUGAUAAUCAAUUCAAUAAUUAUGCAUUUAUUGAACCGAAAUUAUUUAAUGCAAGACAUAAAAGAGAAAUUCAAUCAACCAAAAUAAAUCCGAAUGGCCUGGAGCAUGCUCAUGGUAUUACUUUAGUAUUUGUCGACAAACAACAAGAAUAUAUUAUUGAUCUCAGCCUCAAUAGAGGAUUAAUCCCAGUUAAUUAUUUUGAAAAACAUCAGAAAAAUGGAGCUCAUGWAAUAAAUAGACCAAAAGCAAAUGAACUUGAAUUUUGCAACUAUAAUGGUAAAAUUCGUCAUUUGCCGAAUUCCUGGGCAGCAAUUUCUACAUGUGAUGGCAUAAGAGGAAUGUUUUUUGAUGGGAUUUCAUACCAUUAUAUUGAAAAUGUUGAACGCAAAUCAGGUGACAAGUACCAUAUUUUGUACAAACAUGAAGAUCUUAGAACYAAUUAUACAUGUGGAUUUCCUAGUUCACUUGAAUUUACAUCUAAUGAACUCAAACGCGGGAAAAGAAGUACGAGGUCUUUUAAGGGACCAUACAAUCAAAAUGAAAACUCUAGAUUUAUUGAAUUGGUACUUGUUGUUGACCAAGAAGAGUAUAAGUUUUUUAAUAAUGAAUUGUCAAAAGUUUAUCAGCAUACUAAAGAUAUUGCAAAUAUAAUUAAUUCUCUUUAUAUACCACUAAAUAUAUUCAUCACACUUGUUGGAGUAGUUGUAUGGACUGAACAUAAUGAAAUUACAUUAGUGUCAAAUGGUGACACUACAUUGACUAAUUUCUUAAACUAUCGUCGUGAAAGUCUUCUCAAAGAUCAUCCUAAUGAUAAUGCUCAAUUACUAACAAAAUUCCAAUUUGAGAAUGGUAUUGUUGGUAAAGCUUUAAAAGGACCUAUAUGUACCUAUGAAUUUAGUGGUGGUGUAAAUAGCGACCACAGUUUUGUACGGGGUUUGGUAGCGACAACUAUAGCACAUGAAAUAGGUCACAACUUGGGUAUGGAACAUGAUACAYCUGAGUGUGAUUGCCCAGCUGAUCGAUGUGUUAUGGCACCUUCUUCAGGAGCACAGAGCCCAACCCACUGGAGUUCUUGUAGUAUGGAAUAUUUAGCACUAGCGUUUGAGCAUGGAAUGGACUACUGUUUAAGAAAUAAACCUGUUGGAUUAUUUGGAAGCCCAGAGUGUGGUAAUAGUUUUGUAGAAGAUGGAGAACAGUGUGAUUGUGGAAUGAAAGAUAUGUGCAAAAAUCCUUGUUGCAAUCCAGAAACAUGCAUGUUUUAUGAAAACGCCACCUGUGCUACAGGAAAAUGUUGUGAUUUAAAUACUUGUAGCUUAAAGUUUGCUGGUGUAGAAUGUAGAUCAGCUUCAAAUAAAUGUGAUUUACCUGAGUACUGUACUGGAGAUUCAGAGUAUUGCCCUGAUAAUGUAUUCAAAUUUGAUGGAUCYACUUGUGAAACAAAUAAGGCAUUUUGUUUUGAUGGUUCUUGUCGUACUCAUGCAGAUCAAUGCCGUUUAUUAUGGGGUCCUACUGGAGAAUCAUCUGCGAAAGAAUGUUACAAUAUGAAUAAUAAAGGUACACCACAAGGUAACUGUGGUUACAAUCGUCUGAACAAGUCUUAUGUAAAAUGUGCUCAAGAAAAUUUAAAAUGUGGAAUGUUACAAUGUAAACACAAAAACGAACGUUUAGAAUUUGGUAUGGAGACUGUAUCCACUGUAUCGCACACAUUCUUUAACAAUGAUGGAUUAAUGAUACCUUGUAGAACUGCUAUUAUAGACUUGGGUCUAAGUGAUGUUGAUCCUGGUUUAACUCCAGAUGGUGCAUAUUGUGGUGAAAAUAAGAUGUGUGUGAAACAAAAAUGCAUAUCAGUAGAGGAUUACAGAAAACAAAAUAAUAAUUGUAAAAAUGAUUGUAAUGGCAAUGGAGUGUGUAACAGCAAAGGCAAUUGUCACUGUAAAACUGGUUAUGGUCCACCAUACUGUGAUAAUCCUGGACCYGGUGGGAGUGAAGAUUCUGGACCAGCAUCCAGUCCAAACACGUUUAAAGGAUUCAUGACUGGAAUGUAUGUUCUUACAUUUGGGGCCAUUCCGCUCUUGUUAGCAGUUUUAUUAUUCGCUUAUUGUUCGAAGAAUCAUCGAUCACCAUCUGAAUGGAAUAAAGCUAACCGCAAAAAGCUAUCCAACGAUUCAGAAGUCGGUAACAAACCUAAUGGUACUGUAUCACCUUCAAGUACACUAUUGAUAGACAAUCAAAAACCACCGACACUUCAUUCAGAUCUUGUAGGUAAUUACAAAGGAUUUAGCAUCAAACCAAUAGUGAUCAACGAACAGCCGGUUGUAUCUCGGACACCAAUCAGGCCGGCGCCUUCUGCGCCUGCCCCAAUGAACGAAAGAAGCGGUAGGCUGCAGAUUAGUCAACCGGUGUUGGACGCGACUACAUCGUCUACCGUACACAAGUUGGUGUCGAUACCGUCGAAACCGGCGCCACCCGUACCGACCGCGGCCAGACCUGCGUCGUUGAUGGCGGUGGACAACAAAAACAGUGGUGGCGGUGGAGCGGGAGGUUACCCGACACUGCGCAGGAUAACGUCGUUUAUGAAAAAUCAAAAGACCGAAGAGAAAAAACCCACAAUCCCUCGCGCCAACACCAAGUUCGACAAAGARGAGUUGAAAAAACUGGAAAUAUCACACCCGAUCCUCCAGAAGGAGAUAAACGUACCGUCGGAACCGUUGCCACUGGAGGCGGACCAACACAAAGCUGUCGUGCUCAGGGCGCAGAGCCUGCGCGUCGCCAACAACGCCAAUCACAGGCCGCGCGUACCGAACUUCGGGUCGAUGAAGUGUAAACGGCCCACCAGCGUUGCCACCGCGGCGGCGUCUGCGGUCUCCUGUUCAAGGCCCACCUCGCCACCGCCACCCCGACCGCCGGCCGCGCACCCKGUCCAGUCCCAAGUCGACUACCAGAUACCACGACCGUUUGUGACCGAAUGCGGACGCGACGGCGACCGGCCCGCAAAUGUCAGUUGCGAGGAGCCGCUUUCGGAGAACAUCUAUUCGGUGAUCGACGAGCGCCCCGCGGUGGACGCUGCAGACGAGGACGAUUCUGGUACGUACAAAGUGCCCAAGUCGUUGGAGAGUUCGUUGCUGGGCGAGAUCGUGUCGGCGAUACAGGAACGCAAUCAUGAGUCCAUUUACACCAGCAAACCAUCGGUCGAUCUGCCGCCACAGCAGACUUACGAAAACUAUAAGUCAUCGCCGGCCAGUUCGACCACCAGUUCUGGGUACAUGCGCCCCGUGGACGUCAAGUCGCGGGCCGCCUCAUACGAUCAACCGGACUUGGUCAAGAACUGCGAUGAAAACCGUUCGUUAAACCCUUCGCCGGACGUGCUCGAUGCCAAAAACCAACCUACAGCCGAAAAACCAACCAUUCUGUUUCCGAAACCGGUUGUCGGCGUSGCCAGCAAGUUGGCGUUAACAGCUACGGUCGGUCUGAAAAAAAAACUUUCGGACGGAAGUCGAUACCCUUCAAAAGCCGUGGCCGACAUUCAGAAGAGAUUUGAAAGCCACGAAAAAGUACUGAAUAAUCCUCCAGUAUCGGCCAAACCAACCACUGGCAACAGGUAAUGUUGGCCGACAGAAACUGCAUAAGGAUGUUUUAUUACUGUUAUUUAUUUAUUUAUU